UGAAUAGUGAGAAAGACACAGUCAACGAUUCAACAAAACGGAUCUUCCAUCUUUAAUCUUAGAUCGAUCUCCCGAACAAUUACUGAAAUCCAAAGAGGGAGGAGAUAUUUCUUCACUCUUUAACAAUGGUGAAAGCAGUAGUUGGUGAAGAUACUAGACUCACUUCUGCUGAAGAUCGUCUCUCUCAGUCAGCUAUUCCUGCUGAGGUGGGUCUUGUGAUAGGCAAGCUUAGUUCGGUUCUGGAUCGUGGAUUUGUGUUUGAUUUGAUCCCAACACCGAGCAAUGAUGCUGGAGAACCAGCAUGCUCGGUUUUGGAGACCAGAGAUGAUAAAAGGAAGCCAUCCAAGUCGAAACCUCAGUCAUCGGAGUCAUCUUCUCUAUCAAUUGAUUCUGAUUGGGUAGCAGAACAUGCCAGACAGGUAUCGAGAAUGCUUUUGGGUGGGGUGAAGGUUGUUGGUAUCUAUGUAUGGGCUAGUGACAGUGCUUUUAAGAAUUCAACUAUGAUCCUUUGUCAGGCUAUUAAGGGGGUUUCAGAUGCAAUACGACAUUUGGAUCCUAGCUUGGAUGAAGCUCUUCUUAUACACAUAUGCUACAGUCCAAGGAGAUGGAAUUGUCGAACUUGUUUGUUGAGCUCAAGUAUUACAUCAAGUAGCCUUCGACCUUGUGACUUUAAGCUUGGAAGGGUUUUGAGUUCUCUACAGAGGUUUAAGUGCAGCUACAGCUUCAAUUUCAGAUUACCUAUCUACUGUGGGGGUGCGUCAACUUCACAAACAUUUACUGAGAUUCUCCGUCAAGAACUUGCCGUCCAUGCAAAAGAGCUGAAGAGUGCAAAUGCAAUGAUUGAUGGGGAUUUGGUGCAUAACGAUGAGCCUUGCAACACGGAUGGCGAACAUGAAAUUGAAAUUUUAUUCCCAUUCAUGAAAGAUAGUCGUGCUGAUGCAUUAACUGCAAAGAAUGUUACUGGAAUCCUACUCUUCGGUGGUUCUAUAUUCUCUUAUGCCUACUUGAACGUGAAAGAACCGGUUUCACAAGCUGUUGCUGAUAUAAAGGCUGACAUUACUAGGAGUCUGCAAAGUAGACUAGACAUUAUAUGUGAUGAGGCUGAGCAGGAUCUCAUACCAACUGAUGUUGGAGACAAUGAAGAAGCUGAGACGUCAAAAAUUCCCAUUUCCAAAUUCAUAUUAAACUCAUCUACAAAAGCAUGCCAUCUUCGUCUUCCCAGGAGAGUUCUUGUUCCGUGGUUGGCGGGUACAUACAUCUGUGAUUACCUACAGCCAUUUGAAUCACUUGAGGUGGUAAAAGAACGUUGUAUUGAGUUAAUGUCCAUGGAACAUUCUUCUCUUGACGCAUCAAAGAUUUCGGAAGUGGAAAGCGAAACGUCUUUAUUGACCGCGGAAUCUAUGUGGGACGUGAUAUCUCCUGCGUCUUCUGCUUCCAACUUUCACUUAGACGGGAAUGUGGAAAGGACAAGCCGUGAAGACGGUAGCAACAGUAUGGAUAACGCCGGUAAUGCGUCUAAAAUACCUAUUCUGGUAGCGAGUUUCGUGCUGUUACUCUCGAUUAUAUUAGGAUUCAUGCUUUACCAGAAGGAUUAGUAAAGUGCAGAGGUCUCUGUUUUGGUCAAACCACAAAAGGAGUUGUUUUUUGUGUCCCUGAUAGAGUUAUAGAUGAAGAACUUACAGCGAGACCUUUCUUCUUAUUGGAAACCAUUCCGGUGCUUUUUCA